CGCUGCAGGGUAAUGAAGCCGAUGUUUGCAACCAUCUCAGGAUGCUGUCGUAGCAAGAUGUAUUUUUUGACUUGAUUUUUAACUGUGCAGUUUAAUUUCUGGAGCUUCAAAAUAUAAUGAAAUGUAUUUCAAAAUACCUGCUGUUCAGUUGUGGAUUUUGGAGCAUCAGAAAAAAUUGGGAAUGUGCUUAAUUGCUGCAGAGAGGCCUUGGCGAUGACUCCCUGAGACCACUAGGAUGCCUGGCUGUUUUAAAAAGACUUUAUUUGCCUUGGCUUCUGCAAUAAGUUUUGCAUCUUUUAUCUUGAUUGUUGUUGCAAUGGGGACCCCGAAGUGGAUGACCGGGAAGAUCCUGUGCAAAACAGGAGCUGAAUUAGUCAAUGCCACAGAUCCAGAGCUGGUCAAGUUCAUUGGAGAAAUUUACUAUGGACUCUUUCGAGGCGGCAAAAUACGUCAGUGUGGGCUGGGCGGGAGACGCUCCAAAUUCUCAGUUUUCCCACAUAUGGUGAAGAAACUGAAUACAGGCCUGCAUGUGAUGAUAAUAAUGUUCCUUUGUGUGGCCAUUUCCUUUUGUCUGAUCAGUUUUGGAUUCUGCAUCCUUAACGCAAUAAAAGUUCCUUACCGUGCUAUUAAGGGUCCGGCAGGAAUAUGCCUUUGGAAUUUCCUUGCAGGUGGAUUCGUAGCUCUUGCAGUCACUGGCUUUAUGGCAGCUGUAAAACUUCACCGUCUCACAGAAAGGAUUGCCAAUUUUCGGGAGAAUGUCUUUCAAUUUGUUAUCUUAGAAGAACAGUUUGAAGAUUGUUUUUGGAUUUGUGUGGCGAGCGCCACAGCACAUGCAGUGAAUUUGCUGCUAAUACCCAUUAGUUGUAUCAAUUUCCCUAAAAUUAAGACUAAAACAGAAGAGGCAAAUGUUACAGCUGAAGAUAUCAUGUACUAAUAAAUCUACGUAAGAUUUCUUUGGUGAAGAGAACUGGCAUUCAGAAAUGGCUUCUUGGCUUUUCUGCUUCUGGCUUGGAUGGAGAGUUUUGGUUUAGAUGUGAGUAAAGAUGCCUGGUGUGCAAUUCUGCAGUAUUUUUUAAGGUCAGUCUACAGCACCAGCAAUUAGCACACAUGGGAAAGUAGGAUGAACAAAUGCUACAAAACAUUAUUGUCAAAAAUGAGCUGUAUGUGCAAUAUAUGCUGCUGACAGUUUUGAUAAAAAUUACAUUUUAAAUACUUUAGAAAAAUAAGGUGAAGAGUAAUUUCACCUAAACCAAAUGUCUUCUUUUGUUUAGAAAGAAAAUACGUUCAAGCAUAAACCUUUGAAAACAUAGGAUAAUUACAGAACAAAAAGACUGGAUGCUUGCCAAUUGCCUUCUCAGAAUUAUCUGGAAAUGUUUAAGAGAGCCAUCAAGGACAUAUUUGAUGAUGGUAAACUGAUUUGAAGAAGGAGACCUCACUAUCUGUGGGGCUAAACUUAGGGGGGAGCACAGGCUAAGACUGUGUGAUAGUGUUUAAAAAUAGAGAUUUCAUCAAACUCCACAAUGUAAAGAAGUGAGAAGAGUAAAGUUUAUGGGAUGCUGGUAGGCUACGAAUAAACGACUAGCUGCAUGAUGAAGGUUUCAAUGCAAGUUCAGGAAGUAAAGUAAAUAGAAUCUAAGUAACAGUGCUUUUAGAUAAUCUGAAAAGUGUAACGUUAGUGGUCUUCAACCUGCUUCUGUCUGAAAUCAAGCAAAAUAAAUAUGUGAUGAAAGAGGACAAAAAUGAAUAAAAAUGGUUACGUGGUUGGAAGGCACCAGGAAGUACCCUAGUUCUGACAAGCAUAUAAGCAGCUCUUGCACCACAAAUAAUUAAUAUUUCUCUGAAAAGAACAUACCAUUAAACAUGUCCUUUUUCCCCCUUUAAUUACUGUAGUGAACAUAUACUACCUUUUUAGCAAUAGGAACUACAGAUAACUUAUGAAUUUCUUUGAAUGAAUGAAAGAAGAUAUUAUCUAAGUUAAUGUCAAUGAAUUAUUUUGUAGUCAGUUGUGUGACUCCACUCUUGUGACAAGUUCUUUGUAAAAAAUAGUGACGUUUGUAGGAUUCAAAGUGUUUUUAAAACAUCUCAAGAUAUUAAAAAAACCCGAAUUAUUUUUUCAGUUGAAAACAACUCUUCACAAAAAUAGUAUUGUAAGGGUCACUUUCAGUAGUGCCUAACACUGUGUUUUAUGUACCCAAAUAACUAGUUUCAUCACUGAAUUGUGCAGAACCCUCAGUAAAGCAAGUUACCAGAAUAAGCUGAUAUAGAACAUUUUUGCUGACUAAGCUGCUUAUGUAGAUAUUUAAAUGAGGAUAACUCAGCUUAAGUCAAUGAGUUUAACAUCUCUGACCCAGAUACUUACUGUCCUCCCUCUUUUUACUUUGUUUACAUCUAAAGACCAAUGAAAAAGCUGUCUUAUGAAGAAAAUUCUACUUUCAGUUGGUAUUUUUAUAAAAUACGUUUUGCUACUGUACACAGCAGACUCAAGCCACUGAAUGCUGCAGCCGUUUAUGUGCAUGCUCUGUGCGAGGUAAGAAAUUAAAAUGAUUCAAUUAAUCUCCAGCACAUACUCAGCAUGACUAGCAGGCAUUUGGAAAGGCAAUACCACAGCUUCAAAGGAAAUGUCAUAAGCCAAAGUCAACCUAUAGCUGUGCUAAGCAGUCUCUCUGUUACUGUGUGCUAUACCAUCUCUGGUUUUGGCCCUACAAGGUCAGCAGGAUUAUGAGAGGAGAACUUUGUGCACCUGCUGUUGCAACAGGUAUUUAUAAUCUCUUCACUGCAGUGUUAGCCAUCCUUUUUUUUAGGAGCACAAUAAAUAAAUAAUAAAUAAAUAAGAGGCAGUUUCAAAGUUUUGGUAAGUCUGAAGCACUUCCUAUAAUUCUAGCAUAAAGAGGACUCAAUAAAGUAGAAAAAAAAAAAAGAUUCCUAAUUUAUACCACAUACUUCAGUGUUCUCAUUUCAGUGGUGUUUUCAUCCAGCUCUACAGUAAGUCACAACUGCAGGAGGAUGGUGCCAUACCCUGUUCAUGGGGAGGCAGCAGGCUAACCCCUUCUGUGAUGGUGCCUUUGGUGCUAACUGCACAGUGCUUCUGUGGUACCACCACCUUCCCCCCCCCAGAAAAUUCAGAUUGGCUCUGAAAUGCAAGACCUUGAACUGACAGAUAACUGAGCAAACAGAAAAUGAAAUACUUGUUAUUUGUAAAUGUUCUAUGUACAUAUAAUUCAGAAGUAGUUGUUAUAUAAAAAUAAUUAUAUUGUAACCUGUAACUUAGCCUCUACUAAAUGUAAUUCUCUCUAGAAAGUGAAAAGGAAGCAGAUUAAGAGGUGCACUGUGCUGAAAGAUAACUUUGGCAAUGCUUUUCAGUAGUAGUAGUGUGUAUGUACUCCCAGACAUUUUUCUUAUUGCCAGUGGAAUAUCUAAUGCCCCAAGGGUUCCUCAACAAUUAUCAUUUAAACUGUUACUGAAUAAGAGCCAUGGGACUACUUACUUGGAUAAUGACAAGAUUGCUGGACUGUUGAACUGGAUUCCUUAGCAGGUUGCA